CCAAUUUUGUCAUUACUUUAGCGAACUGUAUUUUGUUCACAUCAUUGAUUUAAUGGAACAUAGAAAAUAUUAGGUUUACCAAAUGAUUUCAACUGAGAUGUUCACACAGAUUAAUCAACAUAUCUUACUGUCUUGAUUAAAAAGAUGAGGACAAAAAUAUAUUAACCUGUAUCGCUAUUGCAUAGUUAACUCACAGGAAAUUGUAGGAAGAUUUAAUGAACAAUGGAUGUUUAUCUGUUGUCGCUUUACGUAACAUUGGAACAAGAAAUAGCCAUAAGAGAACUAUUUGUCUUCAAAGGGUGGACAUUCAACAAAGAUUUGCGUGAUAGACAGAUGACUGUCAAUGAACAGACCUUUGAACCAAGUCAAUACUGUGAUAGGAGUGAUGUUUCUAAGUUUUCAAUAAAUCAAACUGGCUCAACAGGCCCUGAUGACGAUCAGGGUAUGGUCGGUACAGAUGUUUUAUCUUACCUACAGGACUAUGUAACUGCUGCCCUUGGCUCAGAGCAAUCAAUCAUGGAAAAUGAAGAACGUGACUUUGAGGAAAUCUGCAAAAAUUCUGAAAGCAGUGCAUCCAUAUGUUGCAAAAAGGAAUUUCAAGAAAAUUCAGGUUCAGAGACUGAAGUUGACGAUGCUCAAGGGUUGAGACUCAAUAAUAAUAAUGAUCUAAAUAAAAAUGACAUCAUUAAAAAAGAAAAGUUGGAAGAAACUAUACAUGGUUCACAAACUGUUGAAAAGUCUUGCAGUUAUGUGAAAGAAGAGAAUAAGUGCAAACAAAAAGACAGAUUUACUUGUAGUGAGUGUGAAAGAAGUUUUAAGCGUUUAUCUGCCUUCGAAAAGCACAAGAUAAAUGGUAAAUGCGUGUUUGUGUGUGAAUUUUGUAACAAGAAGUACACUUCGCAGACAUAUAGUCAUUACAUGUUACAUAUGAAAUACCAUACAAAUGACAAGAGCCAUAUAUGCUCCGAAUGUGGAAAGUGUUUUGUAGAAGCUCACAAUCUGCGUAAACACAUGUUGCGACAUACUGGGAAGAAAACAUUCCAGUGCGAAGUUUGCGGUAACCAAUUCUAUGAGUCGGCUCAGUUAACCCAGCACAGGAACAUUUUCCACAAAGAAUCAAACAUUGUGCACAAAUGUGACCAAUGUGAGGCCAUUCUCAGCACAGCAGGUAAUCUGAAAUUUCACAAAGAAGUUGUCCAUUCUCAGGAGCGUCCUUGGACGUGUGAAAUUUGCGGCAAAAAUUUCAAAACUCAGAAAACUCUGGAAAAAGUUCACGCUAAAGUGCAUCAGGAUGUCUAUCCAUUUAAAUGUGAUUUUCCCGGCUGUGGAAAGGUGUUCAAAAGAUCUGAAGGAUUAUUGGAACAUUCCAGGCGUCAUAGAAAUGAGAGAACCCAUGUUUGUGAUCAGUGUGGUAAAAGGUUCUAUAACAGGAAGGACUUACGAUUGCAUAACCGAAUUCACACUGGAGUUAAACCUUUUGCUUGUUCUCUGUGCCCAUAUAAAUCCACCCUUGCUGGAAACCUACGAAAACACCUUAAAAUUCAUCAGUCAUAAAACAUUACUUAAUUGCCUAUGCUGGUACUGUUUAAUUGCCAAUACAAUCAUUUACAUGUUC